AAAAAAUGAACGUAAGCAUACAAAAAACGGACGUGAGGUGGCAUACGCUGAACUCAGCUGAUCAGACUACCGUCAGCAUUAACACGUUUGUGUCUGGUUUACUCUCUUUUUGCGUGGAGUCUCUCCGCACCUGUCUGUCCAAUGACGCAGACAAACUUUGCCUUCCCGUCGUUCUUUGCGCUCUUUCUGCUCUGCUGUUACUGCCGCCGUGUUUGGUGCUCGUUUGUCAGAGGUGCACGUUUCAGGGAGAAAAUCGAAGAGAAACGGCGACUUUUUUUUACUGUUUCCUUGGAAAUCUGUGCGGCACCACUGGAGCCGUCCUGUCCAGGCAGCUCUACAUCCUGGUUCUAAUGAGUGCUUUUGCUGCUGCUGUGGAUGCUGUGAAUUUUCUUUCCUGCGUUCUGUCUCUGUGCCUGUGCUGGAAAUCAAAAACGGUGAGGCGGCUGAGGGCUAUGAGGAGGCGAAGGAGGCAGCACCUCCUUGCAAUGAGUGUGCUGAUGGUGUUCACAGGAGGCUACCUAAGGUCCAGAGUGAGGUCCAGCCCAGCAGACUGGCCCCCAAGCCAGAGGAGACUGCUACACGUCACCCUCCAUCAGGACAAUACAGAAGUUCUUGGUUACAUACUUGGCCUGCUUGCCUUCAUCAUCACCUGCACCUCCAAGUUUCCUGGAGUCUGCAGAGCACACAGAGGCCAGAUGGUGACAUGGGCCCAUAUGAUCUCUGGAGGGUUCUGUUCUCUGGCCAGUGCCCUCUAUGCUUCAGCUAUACUACUCUCCCAUACCCAGUUUGGAUUUGUUAGAGUCAUGCCUUGGCUGCUGUCAGCAGUGUGCUCUGCCAGCCUGCAGCUUCUUAUUCUCAUCAUUCAUUGUAAUAAGAGACUAAAGAGAGGAACCACUCUAGAGUCUGGGAGCUUUUCCACGGACAACGUGAGCCUUUUGGGGGAAUUGGGCAGCUCCACUGAGGAUACUAUUGUGGAGGGAUGGCAAGCUCAUUCAUCAGCACAGAUACAAGAUAAUUUUGCAUUGAAAAUGAAUGGAAUGGGACAUUACAUGGAUGUCAGCAUUCAGUCUGCACCACAAGAAGUGUCGACGUCUGAGGAGAAGGUGGAGAACCUGCCUUUGAACAGGACAGUGCAACUAAUCCGAGUCAACAGUUUCUGCUCUUUGAAUCUCUCAGAUGAGUCGUCUCAAGUUAGCUCAGAUCUGGAGUGGGACUUUGAGGAAGCAAAUGCACAGUGGAAACAACCAACAAAAGAACAUGAAAGGUUUCCCCUGCGAGAAUGGCUGCCUAACCCCAAAAUCUUUUCUAGCUGCAUAUGUGCUGCAUCUGGACUCUCACAAUACACCCUCUCUGGUAAAAUGGGGGUUGAGAGUGGCGAAAUGGCUAAAUGACAGAAACCUGGCUAAAUGACAGAAAUCUCAAUCACUGAAAUGAUUCAUGGAGAAGUAAUAAAACUGCAAACAUUGA